AUGGCAGAGAAAAACACACACAUCGUCGACUCGGAAGGAGACGUGAUACUCUUCCAUAUAAUGGAGGGAGAAGAGCAUCGUAUCCGAGUAUCGACCAAGCACCUGAUUCGAGCAUCGCCUUCCUUUGCAAAACUCUGCACCAGAAGAGAACAAGAGAGCACCGAACCUUCGUGCAGCAGAGAGUUCUUGCCUGACUUCGAGGGGUUGAGGCUUGAGCCCAUCCUGAUUUUGAUGCGGAUCAUUCACGGCCAAGCGUCUGUGCUGCCUGAAGUAAUCGACCUCCCGACACUGGUCGACCUGGCACUGCUAGUGGACCGCUGCCAGUGUGCACCACUCGCCCGGUACUUCGCCCUACAGUGGGUCGAUAAUCUCACCGCGACAGGGAGUCCCUCCGAGUACGGCAAGGAAGUGAUGGAGUGGAUAUAUGUGGCAUGGGUGUGGAACCUGAACAAAGAGUUUGAGGCAAACACUCUUGUCGCCGUUGAGACAAGUUACGAGGUGGUGCACUCUCACGAUCUGCCUUUGCCAGGGAGGAUUAUCGGUCUUUCCAUUAUGUUGUGGUACCUUCAGAGGAAUCUUUACGAUGCCAGCAUCAAAGACCCUCUGUGGCCGAAGGCUCCAUAUAUCGGCGAAUCGUAUCAGAGGCUGGUCGAAGAAGUCGAGUCCUUUGUGAACCCUGAGUAUGAGGACGGAGAGUGUGGCAACAACAAGUAUGACUUGCAGAGAUUCCUCAAUAUCCGUAAUCUUGCGGUGGGUGUGAAACUGAAGACCCUCACCCACAGAAGCUAUAUCAACUCCGAAUAA